GUGUGGUGAUUUUUGGUGGCUAUAAGCUUCCAUUACUUUCUACAUCAGCCUCAAAGCUCCAGUGCAAAACUAAAGAAGCUUUAUGUAGUUUAGGCUGAGGUGCCUGUAAAGUCUAGAACACAGAACCUGUGUGUGUAAACAGCCAGAGUGGAGAGUGAAGGGCAGAACACGAGCGGAUGUUGUAUUAAAUGCCUCAGGGUGGACAGGAAUCACUGGCUGUCUAAACUAUCGGGUGACAGUGACCCAGGCAAGCCCGAAAAGCAUUGAGUGGGCGUGGCCCAGCGAGAAACCCCGCCCACUGGUGCUAGUGGACGGGGAAAGGGUGGGCGUGUCCGAAACUCCAAAAGUUCCCUCCCUGUUCUAAAUGAAACCACACUGGAAUGCAUGCUCGCUCGCUCACUCGCUCUCUCUCUCUCUCUCACACUCAUAUACACAAGCACACACACGCACGUCCUUUCUCUCACACUCUCUACACAAGUUGAUCAAGUCCCUCUCUCUCCUUCCUGUUUUUCCUGAGUGCCUGGGCUUGAGGGAGGAAAGUUCAAGCUAAAAUAAGGACCUAAAAAAGGAGCUAAAAUAAGGACCUAAAACAAGAAGCUCAAACAAAGAUAGCACAGUAGCACAUGUUUCACUUCUGACCGAGCUUAAACCCCCGAGAGGAGCCGACAGACGCUUUUUGGUGGCCUCUUGGAGGGCAGGAGGUGGGGGGAGGUGAAGGAAAACCCCCCCCCCACACACUCAUAUCCAGUGACCAGAGUGUUUCCUCUGGUCUGUUGGACCUGAUAUGACACAGUCGGCCUCGGUCUGAUGGCUCCUGUUAUCAGGAUAUCACAAUAGACUGUUGAAGACAGGCGUUCUAACUCAGACUGAGCUGAAGACUGGCUGCUGGUUGGUAUGGAAGCUCUAAGGGAAUCUUUUCUCCAUUUAACCUUUCAGAUGUCGUCCUACAAGCGGGCGACGUUAGAUGAAGAGGACCUGAUUGACACCACCUCGGACGGAGUGUAUCACGCCUCGACCGUGCAGGUGGUGCGGCAGCGUGGUCAUGGCCCCCAGUGCUGGACUAGGCGAAGUCAUGCUGAGAGGAAGCUGGUGGUGGUGGUGUGUUUUCUCUCUCUGGCUUUAUUCAUCUGCAUCCUCACUCUGGGUCUGCAUUACAACGAGACUCACCCUGGUGUGUGUCUGUCCGAGCCGUGCGUGAGCGUGGCUGCUUCGGUGAUGGCCGCUCUGGACCGCUCGGUGGACCCCUGCCACGACUUCUAUAACUUUGCGUGCGGCGGGUGGGUGAAGAAAAACCCCCUACCUGAGGGUAAAUCACGCUGGGGGCCGUUCAGCAACCUGUGGGAGCACAACAUGGCCGCCAUGAAGAGUUUGCUGGAGAACGCCAGUCAGCAGGGUUUGAGUAAAGCAGAGCUGAAAGCAAAGCGCUACUAUCAGGCCUGCAUGAACGAGGCCAAGAUCGAGGAACUGGGUGCUCGACCUUUACAGGAGCUCAUCAGCCAGACGGGCGGCUGGGCUCUGACCGGCUCCUGGGAUAAAGAGAAUUUCCAGGAGGUUCUGCGCGUCGUUUCAGCCAAUUACCGAACAUCACCCUUCUUCACUGUAUUUGUCAGCACAGACUCCAAAAACUCCAACAGCAACAUCAUCCAGGUUGAUCAGUCUGGGCUGGGUUUGCCUUCACGAGAGUAUUAUCUCAACAAGACAGCCAAUGAGAAGUAUCUGAAAGCGUAUCUGGACUUCCUGGUAGAGCUGGGGGGGCUGCUGGGCGGGUCGCAGGAAACGACCCGGCAGAUGAUGCAGGAAAUAGUGGAUUUUGAGACGACUCUGGCCAACAUCACUGUUCCUCAAGAGGAGCGCAGAGACGAGGAGCUGAUCUACCACAAAAUUCAGGCCAAAGAACUAUCAACUCUGGCUCCUGCUGUGGACUGGAUGCCGUUCCUCAGAGCUGUUUUUGCACCUGUUGCUCUGAAUGAUUCAGAGCCUGUGGUGGUCUACGCUACAGAGUACCUGCAGAAAGUUUCCAGCCUCAUUACCAACACCAGCAAGAGCACCCUUAAUAACUACAUGAUGAUGAAGGUGGUGAGGAAGAUGGUGUCCAUCCUGGACCACAGGUUCCAGGAUGCAGAGCAGCGUUUCCUUGAAGUCAUGUACGGCACCAAAAAGAGCUGCACCCCCCGCUGGAAGCUGUGUGUUAGUGACACGGACAGCGCUCUGGGCUUCGCUCUCGGCGCUCUGUUUGUAAAGGCCACCUUCGCGGAGGACAGCAAGGCCUUUGUGAGUUUUCCUGACAUUUUCUCUCUUUUCUGCCCUUCUUUCUUUUUUUCUCUGACAUUUUCUCUCUUUUUUCUUGAUGUUUUCUAUCAUUUGUUCUUGUCUCUGUUCUCUGAUGCUCUCUUUCUUUUCGCUGCUUCUCCCUCGUGUGUCCGUCAGGCUGAAGAUAUGGUCUCUGAGAUUAAAUGGGCGUUUGAAGAAAGUUUGAAGCACGUGAGCUGGAUGGAUGGAGAGACCCAAAAAGCAGCCAAAGAGAAGGCAGACGCAAUAUACAAUAUGAUCGGCUACCCAAAGUUCAUCAUGGACCCCAAAGAACUUGACAAAGUUUUCAAUGAUUUUGAUGUAGUGUCGGACCUGUACUUCCAGAACGUCAUGCACUACUACAACUUUUCGGGCCGAGUGACGGCUGACCAGCUGAGGAAAGCGCCCAACAGAGAUCAAUGGAGUAUGACGCCCCCUACAGUGAACGCCUAUUACAACCCCACCAAGAAUGAGAUGGUACUUCCUGCAGGCAUCCUCCAGGCUCCGUUCUACAGCCACGCAUGGCCAAAAGCCCUGAAUUUUGGAGGCAUUGGUGUUGUUAUGGGACAUGAACUGACCCAUGCUUUCGAUGACCAAGGGAGGGAGUACGAUAAGGAUGGGAAUCUGCGCUCCUGGUGGAAGAACUCAUCGGUCGAGGCGUUUAAGCACCAGACUCAGUGCAUGGUGGAGCAGUACAGCAACUACAGCAUCAACAGCGAGCCGCUCAACGGCAAACACACAUUAGGAGAAAACAUCGCCGACAACGGGGGCCUCAAAGCGGCGUACAAGGCCUAUCUGAACUGGAUCCAGAAGAACGGAGAGGAAGCCACACUGCCAGCCCUGGGAAUGACGAACCACCAGCUGUUUUUUGUUGGAUUUGCUCAGGUGUGGUGUUCAGUCCGGACCCCGGAAAGCUCCCAUGAAGGUGUAAUCACGGACCCCCACAGUCCCUCGCGCUUCAGGGUCAUCGGCACCGUCUCCAACUCCCACGACUUCUCUAAACACUUCGGCUGCAGAGCCGACUCACCGAUGAACCCCAAGCGCAAGUGUGAACUGUGGUGAUCCCAGUGAGCCCCGUCUGACGGGCAGCGGAGGAAACAGCCCUGCCCGCCCUUUGCUCUUCUCUCAGGGUGCCUUAAGUGGACUGGAGGCUGGAGGAUGUUCAGUCACCUGGGGUUUCGUGUGAAUUCUCUGAGGAACUGAAUUGAAAUAGGAGGAACUUUGUAAACACUGGAAGACCUGAUAGUUCUAACAUGGGAGGAAGGACAGUUAACAGUAGAUAUUCAGGUUUUGUACAUAUAGACAUAUAUAUGCCGUUAUCGUGUGCUCUUAUUUUUCUAAGGGGGAAUAAUAUUUAUUUUCUUCCAGUGUUUUUUGUCUCUGGGGUAAGGUGGAAACUUUAUACCAAAAUACUGGUUUAACAAACUGAAGUCUCGCCGAUAGGAACUAGUGACAAAAGUCUGCGUGUGGUGACAAAAGUCUGCGUGUGGUG